UCGGGAUCCGAUUAUUGGUGCAGUCUUUGCGGAGGCGGAUAUGACGAGACGGAAGGCGACCGUGAUUUGAAAUCCGAGUUUCUUUGCCCGUUUUGUGCUGAGGAAUUCCAUGUUGUCUGCCGCAUCGACGAGGCCAAAAUUAGAGUUAAUUUUCUGGCUAAUGAAAUUACUUGGAAUGAAAAAACAGGUGUUCAGAUUUGUUGGUUAUCUGAUGCUCUCUCCCCAUGUUUUCUUUUAUAUUUCCAUGUGUGUCCAGUUUGUGCAAAAAGGGUAGGAGCAGAUAUUGUCAGCCAUGUUACCUUGCAACAUGGAAGUUUUUUUUUAGUGCAGCGAAAGAGGAGAUUACGCAAGGGUGGAUCUAACUUGACAUUUUCUAUGCUGAGGAAAGAAUUGCGAGAAGCAAAUUCUCAGCCCCUUCAUGGGGAUCAUCACAUGUAGUUUCUGCCCAUUGCUGUCAUCAUUUAUGUUUAAUCGAUCUCUGGGUGAUGAAUGUUCAAACGGACAUCGUUUAUCUACAGAGGCGAGCUCAAAUAAGGAAAGCUCGAGUAAGGUUAUUCAAGACAGGAACCUUCAACGGUCAGCGUGUCGGGUCAAGGAUGAGGAGGAGAAGGGUCUGGAGAUAAGAUAGGAGGUGCUGGGUCAUCCGGGAAGACAGGCAGCAGGGACCAUGGAAUUGAGAGAGGCACAGACAAUGUUCAAGUAAUGAAUGUGAUACAUAUUUAUAUACAUAUA